AUGCUCCGCGAAACUCUCCUCAUAUUACUAUUCGUUCAUUUAAGCAACCAAGUGGAAUUUUUCAAGGAAAGUGAAGUCUGUAGCUCCGUAAAAUGUCCAUCGAAUAUCUUCUACUACUUCGUUUGCUGCUCGGGCGAAUGCUGCCUCCGUCUCCAACUGAUCCCUUCCAUCAUCAUCGCUGCUAUCGCCAUCGUGCUCACCUGUGUCUGUUGCACCGCAUGCUGUUGCCACUGCUGCUUCAGGGAUUGA